GGUGGAGCCGUUGUUGGUGUUGUUGAUGGUGGUCAUCAACUCCUGACAGACAGCGUGUGACGUUAGAAGUUGCCUGCCGCAUUGAGUUCCACCGCAGUCGCCUACAGAGUGGGAAUGUGGAAACUAGAGGCGCUGUUGCUUUGUCAGCUGUCUGUGUGGACAACCGCUUCCCCCGGGCUCCCAGAAGUACUUCAUCUAUCAGCUGAGCCAGAUUUUCGAGACAUCACAUUGCGAUGGGAGUACGAGCCACAAGCUCCCGAGCUGUAUGGCUUUCAAGUACAUUACUGUGAGCUGCAAGCAUGGGGUCCUCACCGGUGUCGCUCCAAGCUGAUUGAUGAUUCACUGGGCCAUGAGGUUCUGUCUGGGAAUGCCAAGUACCGCAUGUACUCGGUCAUCAUAAGUGGUCUUCGGAUGUCAACUGACUACUCAUUUGAUGUGUGGCCUGUUGAGUCAAGCAACAGAGAAGUUCAUGGUAGUGGCAUCAAGUCACUCCACAACAGCAUUGUAGUGUCGACCAGAGGCUUUAAUAUCCUGAGAAAUGUGCAGUUUCAGCACGUGCAACACAAUGCUUACCUCAUGCAAGUGAGGUGGAGGUAGCUACAGGUCCGCACUUCGGAGGCCGCAUCGCUGUCGAGGCUGCUGAUGGGGAACACUGUGCCAUAGAUGGUGAUCCUGAGAGUCCUAGAGACACCUACAUAUUACGCAUAGACCACAAGAUGUGUGGCACAUAAGUCAAUGAAACCACUGCGGCCACAUUUGUGCUGGUGCAGGAGAAUCUGCCCAUCCUCACGCACAGCACACGACGGUUCCUGGUACUCUGCUCCUUUCAUCCAGAAACUUUAACAGUCAGAGCAGGUAUCAACCUACCAUCACAUCGUCAUCACGAAGACCCUAGUAAUAACAACAGAGUAGAGCAUUUACAACCUGAAGUGAUGGCUUUUGAGGCCGAAAAUGCAGAGUCAGUUAAUGACGUUCAAGUUUCUCAUUUGCAGCGUCACCAACAGAUGGUUGAAGCACACAUGGGAAGAAUGCUACAAGACCAGAGUGUGAUGCAUUUGGGACUGAUGAUAAUCCUAGUGGUGGGAGGUGUGAUUGGCUGUGCACUCACUGCCUGGUGGCUCAUCCCCAGUUUACGCAAACAUAUCCCAGGUCAUCGUGCAUCAACAGAUGAUUCUUCCUCAGUCUCCAUAUAUGAAAACUUUGAGAACUCACUGCGAGAUUCCAAUGUGAGUGAUACAGAUUUUGAAGGAUCUAUUGAUGAAGCAGGAAGUGGAGACUGUGAUACUGCAGCUAUAGUAAUUCAAGAGCAGGGACAGAGUGAAACAGAAUGUUCACACAGUAACAACUUUAAAGAAGAUUAUUCUGGAGUUUUUACAAUCAGAAUUCCUACACAUCACUUAAUUCAAGAGGAGCCUCCAUGUAUCAUGAUUGAAACUAACUCACACUCAGAAGCCUGAUAAUCUUCAAAUUUGCAAAAUACAUGAACAAUUUGUUUAUUUAUUUAAACAAACUUUUAGUUCACCUUGCACCUCAUGACAAUACUUACAAAAAAUCUUCUUUGCACAAUUACAGCAGUAAAGUCUGAUAAUUUUGCUUGUUAAUCAGCCUGAGUGUGAAAUGUACAUUUAGCCAAGUUAUGCAUAAAUGCUGACAUCUGCAUUGUAGUGUGGAAGCAAGCUCUUGGAAAAAUACACUGGAAUGAAACUUUCAUUCAGAAUUAUCAAAUGUUUUAAAUACAAGACACUUCAUUGACUGAACAAAUUCAGAAAGUCUGAGAGCAGAAUUGGAAGCCAAGUGCUCUAAAAACAGGGAUCUAGAACACAGCAACCGGGAAUAGACAAAGCUGUGUAACUGAUGAUGUGUGGCAAAUUGGAAUAGGAAGUGAGAGAUUACAACUACAAUUAUGAUAUGUACAUUUACAUAUUUGCAAGAACAAAGUUUAUUGAUGUUUUGAAUACAUUAUUUUAAGGGAAUACAAAUGUAAACGUAAUGAAUUCAGGAUUUUAUUAAUACACAACUCAUUUCAUUGCAACUUGUUGCUCUACCAUCUACAGGUAUAAGAAUAUUAGGAGUACAGCGCUUCUAACUUAAACUCACUCUGACAGGUCAUUUUCUGCCUGUCAUUACAAAGUUUGAAUUAAGGGAUUUUUCUGAAAAAGUAAAUAACAAUGACCUAUUUACUCAAAAUUGCAAUGCCUCCGUAACAAUCAACUCCUUGUAGAGGGCACAAUUUGUCCUACUUCAAGGACACUGUUAUGCAUAAUACGAAUGAUCAACAAAACAAAGUCGUUCAUAUGACCGUUCUAAUAGGAGACUAGUGGAAAGAAAGUGUAGUGGUGUGUUCAAGAGCCAUAAGACCACACACCCACUAAGAUCAGCCAGUAAACUGAUGAAGCAAAUUCUGAGUGGUACAAAUACAUACUGUGUAGAUAUAUACAGUAUAACUACAAUUUUUUAAACUAAGUAAAAUAAUAACCAUGGAAGUACCUACUUCAGCCUCAUCCACGCUUCCACAAACAAAUUACUUUUUUCAGUUGAAACUGCCACUACCACCACCACACUACGGCAUACAAUUGUCCACAUCCGCAAUAAAAUUACAGUAAAUUUAAUGUACUGUAUCAUAUUCAGUUUCUAAAAAUGUUGGCACUUUCUGCAUUGUUUUAUAAAAUCAUGCUUACUAUAAAUAUAAAUGGCCUUAAAUUAAUUUGUAAAAACAAUAUUAAGGCAUAGUUGUUUGUAUGAAGUUCUUGCACAAUGUUACCCAAUAUUAACAUACAAUUUAAACUGCAAAUUUCUGUACUGUUUCUCAAUACAGUACUUGAAACAACAGGAUAGUUGGGCUGAACACAUACACUAUAAUAAAAUAAUUUGUACAAAUCAACACUAACAAAAACAUCAUUAUAUUUAUAUGCUGUAGGAUUCUCAGUAUGUAUCUAUAUUCUGUAUUAGAAGUCUUCUACUUUUACUGCUUACAAAUUUAUUAGUAUAGGUUUACUUGUACACUUACAUACAAUGCACCACUUAUUUAGAGAGCACACAAGAAAUUAUUUACAUAUAAUUCUAUCCUCUGAUGUUUAUUUUAACAGUAACACCUCACCAAGACCAAUUCAUUUUAUUUGAAUUUCAAAACUACCUGACUUAUUUUUGGAGAAGGUAGUAUUUUAUCUUUUAAAUGUUCAUCGAAAAUCCCUUUUAUUGUUCAUCUAUUUGAGAGAAAAUAAUUAAAUAAAAUAUUAAUUAGUGGACCCAGUCAAAAGUUAGACUGGAACAUAAUUUCCAAGUAUUGCAUUAAGUUUAAGUGAUGACCUGAAAUGAUCAAUAUAGUGACAAAUAUUACAUUUAAUAAAAAUGACAUAAUUUCAUUACAUAUUGAAGAAUUCAAAUAAAAACAAAUGGUUGCAAUUAUAAUUAUGACCAGUACAUGCUACAUGUAUUAUUAAAAUGGAACAAAAUACUGUUGCUAAUUGAGACUGUGAUAAAACCACCACUCCUCUCGAAGGACAGGAAGACUCUCUUAAUAAAGGUGAACACACAACUCAAACAUAGUAACUCUAACCUCUUAGCAAGCAACAAAAUCUCCAUUUCCCAGGAUACAUCCAUCAUCUGAGCUCAGUCUUCUGGACAUCCUUAAACUCAAAAGGCAUCAACUGAACUUUGUAGUUUGGUUUCACCUAUAGAAUUUUUCAUCUUCUCACCCAUGUAACUUAAUAGAAUAUGAAAAGAUGUCAAGUCAUACAGUUCAUGCUGAAAUAACAUUAGAACAUCUAGCAACAUUAUGACUCUGCUGGGACUAGCAGUCACUGACUAGCUAUAGAAGUAAAGCAACUGGGUGUCAUUAUAUUAUAAAAGAAUCUGUGUGACAGCACAUCUGUACUUCAUGACAUAGCCAACUGGGAACAUCUUUCAGAACAUAUCGAGAAGUCAGCCCACUGUCUGUUGUGUGACAGUCCCCCAAGGGUAGAAAGCAGCAGGCACUGAUGACUCUUGGUACAGUAAUUCUCUAGAUCCUAGUGCAGCUAAUAUACCAUGGAUCAAGAUGAUGCUACAUGCUUACCAAAUGAGUCUUUGCUAGUGGAAGCACACCAUCUUUUGCUUUAAAUGCAUAUGGGGACAAAAUGCCCAGUGAUGGAGGUAGAACAGAUAAAGACUUUCUAUGGCACUGACCAGUAUCCAGUUACAAAACAAUCUACUCAUGUGCUGGGACAGAGAUAAAAGCUCCUAACUUGGGACUGAAGGUAUAAUAAUGUGCUGCUUGGUCAGAGAUAACACUCUUCAAAGGGCAGCAUGAUGAGUAUGGAGCAACAGUGGAAUGACCAUCAGCAGAUAACCAAAGACCUGGGAUAGAAACCUGUUCCAGAGGACUGAACCUAGGUUUCUGCAGUGAGAAGUCAGUCAGCAACCAUGUGAACUAUGGCGUGGUCCAUCACCAUUAUAUUUGUAAAAUUUGCCUUGGUAUUAGGACAGGAGUAAACAAGGCUAACAGAAUUCAAAGCUACAUUAGGCAAGAGGAACACUCAGAGGUAUAUAUCAUAUCUAGUCUGGAUUCCAUAAAACUCUCCUGAAGCUCUACUUUCAGUAGGGAUAAGUAAGAUUUGAAUUGUGGUAUUCAUGGAUUUUUCUGGAUUGAUGCCAUAAACUUGUAGGGGUUACCAACAAGAAUAAAGUGCCACAACCUAGAUGACCACAACCCACAAGUAUCACAGGCUCCAAGCACCAGUGUACAACUGUUGUGUUAGAUCACAAACUCUUUUAUGGGGUUCAGCAUGCUGUGAUAUGACUAGCCAUCAAAUACCAGUACAAAGGCAGUUUUCAUCAUCCUGUAUGUAUGUUAUAACAAUAAAACUCAACAUAACCAUAAGGGGCUGAAACAAGCUGAUAAGAUUGAUAUAAUAUUACAGUUCCACUGCAGUAAUUGGAAAACAAACACCUAUGAAGAAACAUACAAAAAGUUGAUGAACAUUGUUUAAUAAUAAGUGAAGCAGCUGCAUCAAAGUGUCUGUCCAACUUUAUGAACCUUUUCAAUGAAGAGUUCACUGAAAAUGUCAACAUCAGAAUAACCUGUAUAAGACGAAGACAAUAAGGCUACUUUGGUGGUAUUCUGACAUUGCAUGCAACAUACAUGAUGAACACUGGUUUUGAAUUUCAUCACCAUCUUCGUACAAUCUAGCAAAGCCCAUGAUGAUAACCUGGGAAAAGUUUGUACAUUAUAGAAGACAGAGUUUCAUUCACAGUGAUUUUGUAAUUUUAUCCAAGAUCAUGCUGGCAACACGGACAAGUGUAAACCUCAGCUGAAAAUGAUCUUUGCAAACAACGUCUCAAUCCGAGGCUGUAUUGUUAUUGUCAUUACACAUCUGCUGUCUUGCAGUGGGAGGCGGAUGCGUUUCAUAAAUUAAGAUAGUACGUAUACUGAAGAGGACUGUUAUUGGUCUUUGGUCUGCUGUUUCGUUUUGUUUGUUUUAUACAAUGGACGGAGAAUUUAAUAACGAUUCAGAAAAUAUAAUUUCUUCAUCUGAAGAAGGCGUAGAACUGACAGGAUGUGCUGCCAAGCCUUGCUGCAACCCAAGUCAUGGGCUGCAUCGGUUUAUGGCCCUGUUAUUUAUGUGCCUGCUGGGGUUUGGAUCAUAUUUCUGCUAUGACAACCCAGGAGCUCUGCAGGACAAUUUUAUAAGUGACAUGGAUCUGACAACAUCCGAGUUUGUCUACUUGUAUUCAUGGUAUUCAUGGCCAAAUGUUGUCCUAUGUUUCGUUGGUGGUUUCUUGAUUGACAGAGUGUUUGGAAUCCGUUUGGGAACAGUGAUAUAUGCAUCACUGGUAGUUGUUGGACAAAUAAUAUUUGCCCUUGGAGGAUUUUUUAAUGCAUUCUGGUUGAUGGUGGUAGGGCGCUUUGUCUUUGGGAUCGGUGGUGAAUCAUUGGCAGUGGCACAGAAUAAUUAUGCUGUGCUCUGGUUUAAGGGCAAGGAACUAAAUAUGGUAUUUGGUCUUCAGUUGAGCUUUGCUCGGGUUGGUUCAACAGUCAACUUUAAUGUGAUGGAGCCUCUGUACACGUGGGUCAGCAAGUACUACUCAGGGUACAUGUGUAUCGGAGUUGUGCUCUUCAUUGCAUCAGCUACAUGUUUCAUGUCACUCUUAUGUGCUCUGUUACUUGCAUACAUGGACAAGAGAGCUGAAAGGAUCCUCAAAAAGAAAACUGCUCAGGAGGGAGAAGUAGUGCGUCUCACAGAUGUCAAGGAUUUUCCGGCCAUUUUCUGGCUGAUAUCAGUUGUCUGUGUUGCAUACUAUGUGGCUGUGUUCCCGUUUAUUGCCCUUGGAAAGGUGUUUUUUGAGCGCAAGUUUGAAUUCACACCUGACAAUGCAAACACAGUGAACAGUAUUGUAUAUAUAGUAAUAUCAGCUGUGGCAUCACCUCUCCUUGGUCUUCUGGUGGAUAAAGUUGGCAAGAAUGUACUCUGGGUAUGUUUAUCAGUUCUGGUGUCCAUUGGCUGCCAUGCACUUCUUGCCUUCACUUUCAUCAAUCCAUAUAUUGCAAUGUGUAUCUUGGGUGUGGCGUAUUCAAUGCUUGCUAGUGCUCUGUGGCCAAUGGUUGCUCUUGUAAUUCCUGAAUAUCAACUGGGAACAGCAUAUGGCAUUGCUCAGUCAGUGCAGAACCUUGGUUUAGCUGUGAUUACACUUCUAGCUGGCAAGAUUGUAGAUUCUGGUGGAUAUCUCUUGCUGGAGCUGUUCUUCUUAGGCUGGCUGUGUUUGGCUCUUGUUAUAUCUGUUGUCAUUUGGAUCCUUGAUUCAAGUUCUUCAGGCAUACUGAAUAUGACUCCCAGACAACGGGAAGUAUUUGAAAGAAAUCGUUUAGCUGCUGAUGCCCUAGAACGUGAGAAACUACUUGCAUCAGGAUCCAUGUCGGACAUCACGCCUCAUGACUUGCUUCAGCCUCACUCAGACUUCCAUAUCCGCAAUCGUUACCUUUCUCGAAUUGGAGCACCGUUGCCUUCCAACUACAGUGUGAAUAUGAAAGGACUAGCAUAUAGAGCACUCAGAUAAAACAGGUUCAGGAGUAGAAUCAUGAAUUUUGUGAGUUCAGGAAACAGGUAACAUCUAAUUCAUUUACCAUAAUGUAUUUAUUGUAGGUUAAUGGUCUUCCCAAAAACUGUGAUAAAUUGUUUCCAUCUCCUUUGGCACUAGUGGAGAGGUAGUGCUCUUUUCAGCAUUUAUGUAUGAAUGUAUGUAUGUAUGUUAACUUUUCUAUUCCAAGGAAAAAUAACUAAAUCAGUAGUGAAAACACAUCUUAUACUUGAAAUUAAAUGUGUAAGUGCUCAUUUGAUUAAGGAUGUUGUGAAAAUUGUUUUAUUUUCCUGGCAAUGAGUACAUUAUUGAUCGUAGGAUUUGAGGUUUUCACAGCGGUGAGUAUGAAGAUUGCUGUCUUCUGGGAUGUUGCACCGUGUAGUAUGGUAGAUGUCCACCAACGUUUCAGAGGUCAUACUGCCUUCAUCAUCAGGGCGAUCUUGAAUAAUAUUCUUUGGUCAAAGUUAGAGUUUGAUUUUCUCUUUUCUUCUGGGCUCUUUCUCCAAACUGCAAAAUGGUGGAUUCCUCACAUGAUCUCUUUGUAACACUCACACUAACAAGCUAUGAAGUCUAUUGAUAAAUUGCCCCCUUCACAUCACCUCUGGUGGUGUUGUUCUCUGUGUUGUGUUUCCAUCUGUAAGGUUACAGUAGUAGACAUGUAAAUAUUUUAAAAUUCCAUUAUUGCUAGAUUUUAUUCAUACAUGACUACUUUUUCCCCAUUUUUAUGCAAGAAGUGUGUCAGUUCUUCAGACGAAUAUGGAAUUUUAUUGGUGUUUUAUGUGUAAUUCUGAGUGCCAUAAAAUCAGCAUAUGAAAGUUCAGAUUAUUUUCAGCACCCUGCUACGAAUGGUUGAUUACUCAUACCCCAGGGUGAUAUGAAGUUAUUUUUACUUCCAUACAACUAGCUAUUUUUGCUUGGAAUAUUCAUUAUGUUCCCCCGAUACAGAAAGAUGUAUGUAUGUAUGUAUGUAUUUAAUAAAUGAAUAUACAGGAAUUCAGAGAGAGUGAUAGCUUAUUGGAUUUUAAGAAAGUUUUUGUUGAGAAUUGUGCUUUCAUUGUGAACAGGUCACUCGUGUAUGUUCCUGAAUGUUAACCUACUUUUUAUAAGAUGACUCAUUGUAGAUUGGUCAUGCAUAUGUAUCAUGUGUACGGUUGUGUGUAACUAUAUAUUAAAAAGGAGGAAAAGAGGUCUUGCCGAACUUAGAACAGAUAUUCCAUGUAAAUAUGGUAUAAUGAAUGCCCUGAUCAGUUUUGUUUUGGCCAGUUCAUAUUUGAAGUAUAUUAAUAACAGUUAAGUGUAAAUGAUUUUUUUGCCAAUAAUCCAUUUUAUCAGUAAGCUAAAUUUCUAUAACUAAGUGCCUUCUAAAAUGCAAAUAUUGUAUUCUUCCUGCCCAUAUGAGGUGUGACAAUUAUAUUCCUAGAAUGCCUGCAUAUAUGUCACAUUGAGUGGCAAAAGAGCAGUAACUGAGCAGCAACAAGUUAUGAUGUGUAUGUGGUUGAGUCUUGUGUGUCGAUGAAGCAAAUAAGUUAGUAGUAGCAAAGCAGUGGCAGAGUUACAGAAGUGUAUGUGAUAGGUUGUUGGAGCAGUGCAUCAACAUCAAGUGUUUUGCAAAGUUUGGCAAAAGUACCAGUGAAACUCUGCAGAUGUUAACAGAAGUUUAUGGUGCUGAUGCUGCGGAAACGUCAAGAGUCGUUUGAGUGGCAUGUAAGGUUUACAGAGGGUCAAGAAGAUGUUAAAGACAAUGAAAGAGCUAGACUUUGUUUGUUUUAUCAAAGGGGCACUGUUCACUUUGAUUCUGUUUGACAGGAUUGAACAGUGAACCAGCAUUGUUAUUGGGAAAUAUUGGCAAGGUUAUGUGAGGUUGUUCAUUUGAAAAGACCUGAACUUUGGACUGAUGCUUAUGACAUGCUCACUGUCUGGAAGUUUUUGGCCAUAAAAUCAUUAUUGAAAUUGGAGUAUUCUCCAUAUAAGCCAGAUUUGGCCGUGUGCAACAUUUGGAUAUUUCCACAUGGUAUUAUCCUCAAAUCUACAACGUCUCCCCAUCAGUCUCCUCCCUUCAUGCUUCCCUGACCAAUACCUCUUGCCCCAUCCAUGUACACCACAUGCCCUUCCCAUCUCAUUCUUCUUGAUUUAUCCUGACAGUAUUGGUGGAGUAGUACAAAUUUUUAAGGUCAUAAUUAUGCAGUUUGAUGUACGAAUUUUGUAUGAAGGUAGGUUGUAAGCAUUUGUACAAAUUACAUUUUUUUUUGUAAAGCAACAAUUACAAGUAUGACUGUUAUGAAACUUGAGGUAUAUCAGGCAAUGUACAUUCUUCCUAGAAAGCAAAUAACAUUGUGCUAGUGGGCUAUUUCAGUUUUAAGGGCAGAUCUCAUGAGGUGGGCAGUUGUUCACUCCUUAAGCAUUCUGCUUAUCUACUGAUUUCAAUCGCGGGGACCAACGAAUUGCCGAUUGUAAGUGCAUAAAAUAAAUUUUUAAAUUCCCUUUAUUUUAUUUACGUUAUUUCAAGCUUUACAUGUAAUGCCAUUAUAUUACUCGUCAAUGUUUGGGAGUUGGGAACGCAUGUCAUUGACUUCCCGUUGAUUUACAUUAUAAAAGAGUUUCAAUUUACGCCGGUUCGUCCAGGAACGCAUCCCCGGCGUAAAUCGAGUGCUACCUGUACUUUGAAGUUGUUAUCAUUAAAUUGAAGAAUGAUGGAUUUGUGAUCCUGGGAUGAGUAA